AUGGCAGCAGCAGCAGCAGCUAGCAAGGCACUCUGUGAAAGCUCAACAAAAUCACUAGUUCUAUUGCUAUUUCUAGUGCUUCUCUUGCUUGUUACUCUCUUUGAUCUUCGUCCCACAGACCUUUCAAACACACCCAAAUCUGAUCACCACUCCUCCUCGGCCAGACGGCUCCUUCUGCAUCCUCCUUCAACUCAACAAUCGGCCAUGGAAUUGCAUCCAAAGCAGAGUAAUAAUUCUGGGAACCGACGAUAUGAGGCUGCUGCCCAUGAGGUUCCUAGCGGUCCCAAUCCCAUAUCCAACAAGUAA